GUAAUAAGGAAAUAAAAUGUGAACUCACAGUUACGUGAACACACGACCAAAAAUCAAACCCUUAAUAAGUUAAUUAAAGAGAUUAUUCUACUUCGAUUCCAGCGAAUGAAAAAGCGUAUUAUUCCUCGUGAGCACUACCUUCUCCUUCUUCUUCAGUCUGCGUUCACACAAUCUUCACCCAUCAAAGAAAGCUGUUUGAUGACGUCGGAUGGGGCUACAACAUCCAUAUCAGCAGCUGCUGCGGCGAGGAGGAAACCGUCGUGGAGGGAGAGGGAGAACAAUCGGAGGAGAGAGAGAAGGAGAAGAGCCAUCGCAGCAAAGAUAUACACAGGGCUAAGAGCUCAAGGUGGUUAUAAUCUUCCAAAACAUUGCGAUAACAAUGAGGUCCUCAAGGCUCUCUGUUCUGAAGCUGGUUGGCUCGUUGAAGAAGACGGCACCACUUAUCGCAAGGGAUGCAGCAGGCCGAGUCCUCUCUCUUCGGCUUUUCAAAGUCCCAUCCCUUCUUACCAAGUCAGCCCAUCUUCCUCUCGUGGUGAGCCCAACAACAGCACCUUCUUCCCUUUCCUCAGAAACGGCGCCGUUCCUUCCCUCAGAAUCUCAAACAGCUGUCCCGUUACUCCACCCCUCUCCUCUCCAUCUUCCAAGAACGCUAAACCGUUACCUACAUGGGACUCUAUCGCUAAGCAGUCCAUGGUCAACGCUAAUAAACAGUCAAUGGCGUCCUUUAACUAUCCUUUCUAUGCGGUUUCUGCACCUGCUAGUCCCACCCGUCGUCAGUUCUAUGCUCCUGUUACAAUACCUGAAUGUGAUGAGUCUGACUCUUCCACUGUUGACUCUGGUCAUUGGAUAAGCUUUCAGAGGUUUUCUCAACAUCAACAGCCAUUCUCUGGCUCUAUGGUGCCGACUUCUCCUGCGUUUAAUCUUGUGAAACCUCCUCCUGUGCCUCAGCUGAUGUCUCCAAACGCUGCGUUUCAAGGGAUGAUUGGUCAAAGCUCUGAGUUUGAAUUUGAGAAUAGUCGAGUUAAGCCGUGGGAAGGGGAGAGGAUACAUGAUGUUGGUAUGGAGGAUCUUGAGCUUACUCUUGGAAACGGCAAGGCUCGUGGUUGAUUUGUGAAUUUGAGGGAAAGCUAUUCUUCUUUAUAGAGUAUAUCAUUAUCUUCUUUACUUACUAUCCAAACAUGGAAAGCAUUGGAACUUGGGAGUGUUAGUGUUUUUUGUUUGUUCAAUUCAUGAUUUUUUUUUUUUUU